CUUCUGGCGAAAGUCAAAACACGAAAAUGCAAUAAUGCAAUUUUAUUUUAAAUUCUAGGUCUAGGUCUAGAUUAGUAAUCAUACUCAGGAAUUAUUUUUAUUAUUCAUUAGAAAAAAGAACACCUGUGCCUAUUGUGAUAAAUUGGAAUACUUCGAUUUUGAUGAAAUAGAUAUUUGAAGGAAGUCAUUGCAAUUAAUUAAAUGUUUUGAAACAACGAAAUGGGUAAUCAACUUGUGGGUAUAGCACCCUCGCAGAUCUAUCCUGUGGAGCACUAUUUGAGUGAUCAUGUCGACCUCUGUUUUGACCAAAGCCUUGGCUCGACAAGGUUUUUCAAAGUUGCCAGAGCUCGCACCAGAGAAGGUUUGGUGGUGGUCAAAGUGUUUGCUAUACAUGAUCCUUCAUUGCCGUUAGCCGAACAUAAGGAGAGGAUAUUGAAAAUAAAAGAGCAGCUGGCUUCUGCAUUCAAUUGUUUACCGUUUCAGAGGGUUAUUCUAACAGACAAAGCAGGCUUGCUCAUAAGAGAAUACUGUAAAUGCAGUGUUUACGACAGAAUGUCCACACGUCCCUUCCUCACUGUGCUCGAAAAGAAAUGGAUCACAUUUCAAGUGUUGUAUGCACUACAUAGGAUGCAUAAACUUGGUAUUUGUCAUGGUGAUAUUAAGCUAGAAAACAUAAUGGUAACAUCCUGGCUAUGGGUGUUACUCACAGACAUAGCGUCAUUCAAGCCAACCUUCCUUCCCGAUGAUAACCCGGCUGAUUUUAGUUAUUUCUUUGAUACAUCUCGAAGAAGACUGUGCUAUGUUGCUCCGGAGAGAUUUGUACGAGCUCCCGAUCCGCAUAAUAGACAGGCUGGUGAUGAUAAAAUGGCGGGAUUAUUGCUCAGUGAAUCGCCUUGUAAAAUUGGCGAGCUAGUGCCAAGUAUGGAUAUAUUUUCUACGGGCUGUGCUCUCCUAGAGCUCUGGAACGAAGGUACUCCAGCAUUAGACCUGCCAGGUCUUCUAGCGUAUCGUAAUGGAGAAGACCGUCCACCGACAAUGAAAUUACCAGAGAAUUGUGAUAAAGACUUGCAGGAACUACUACGGUCUAUGACAGAACGGAACCCUAAGGAUAGGAAAAGCGCUGAGAUUUAUUUGGACGAGGCUAGGGGCAAGUUAUUCCCAGAAUACUUCUAUUCGUUCCUACAAUCGUACAUGCUGAUAUUCUCAGCGCAACCCAUCUUACCCGCAGACGAGAAAAUAAGCCGUAUCCACCAAGACAUAAAGAACAUAAUUAAAAUCUUCACUCAACCCUCCGACGAGAAAAACUAUCAGGACCUGGUCGAGGAGACCACAGAGACUCAAAAGGUUGAAAUAGACACAUUAGCAAAGGAAGAAUUUAAAGUAAUGACCGUGAAUGUGACAGAUUUUGAGGAAGAAGUGGAAAAACAGCCGGAAAGACCUGAAAAAGGUCCGGAUAGUGAAGGGUUGAUAUUGAUCACUUCACUCGUCACGUCGUGUAUUAGAGGUUUGCAUCAUUGCACGUCGAAAUUGCAGUGUUUGGAAAUAUUACAGCUUUUGUGUGAGAAUUCCAGUUCGGAAACUAUUUUGGACAGGAUAUUGCCUUAUAUUAUAUAUCUGUCGCACGCACCGGAAGCGCGCGUCCGCGCUGCCGCAGUGUGGUGCGUGACGCGCUGCGUGUGGUGCGUGCAUUCCCUCCCAGCGCAGGACUGCAACGUGUUCCCGGAGUACAUCCUGCCGGAGCUCGCGCCGCGCGCCUCCGACCCGGCGCUGCCGGUGCGCAUCGCGUACGCCAACAACAUCGCAAAAUUGGCAGAAACAGCGGUUCGAUUUUUAGAUCAAACUCAAAACAUGGUAGACAAGGAAGCUGCCAACAUCAACUAUGAAACCGAAUUGUCUGCUCUACAUGAAAUGGUACGAUCCACCGUGUCGUAUCUCCUAACAGAUUCCCAAGCAGUGGUGAAAAGGGCACUAGUUGAAAACGGUAUCACCAAACUUUGCGUGUUCUUUGGGAAACAGAAAGCAAACGACGUGAUCCUCUCUCACAUGGUGACAUUCCUCAAUGAUAAAGAGGAAGUGGCCCUCCGAGGGUGUUUCUUUGAACGUGUGGUUGGGGUUGCUGCAUAUGUGGGGCAACAUGCUGCACCUAUACUCUUGCCUCUUUUGCAACAGGGUCUCACGGACCCAUCAGAGUGGAUAAUUGCAAAAGCUAUAAGAGCUAGCAGCAGUCUAGCCGAAUUAGGACUUUUACCGAAGCAAGCACUAUGUUCGCUUCUAGCUGAAAGCGCUGUUUAUUUGGCUCAUCCUAAUUUGUGGAUACGCCAUGAAGUAUGCGGUCUAGUGGCAUGCGUUGCGAAUCUGCUAAACCCAAUAGAUGUGAACUGCAAAAUACUGCCGCUAGUGUGGCCGCACCUUAAACAUAAACUUAUACAGGUAGAAAGAGCUGAACUACUGCUAGAGAGUCUAGCGGAACCGAUACCUAGGAAAGUUCUAGACGCUGUGUUAAGGCACGGCGAUGUAGAUAGAUUAGUGCAAACAUUACGGGAAAGGAAGAAUGCUAGAUUACGGGUAAAGCAAGGCAUGAUACCACAAUACUCAGAAAUGGGACAACAACUCAAGAAUUUAUUUAGACGACUAGCAUCUGAUGGUAUGACUGAGCAUGUAGAAAAUCAAUUACUAGCAAUGAGCGCUCAUCUUAUUAAAAUACAAAGCUCGGCGACACAGCAUAUAACAGAAGCGCCAGGUCGUCUCAUACUAUCGCGGAGUGGUCUCUCUCGUUCCGUGCAACUCGAUACAGGUGUAGGAGACACGAUGGCCAAUGUGACUGAUAAAAUGUACACUUCUACGCAGAAUCGGAAACCUCCAAAACCUGGUAUACCACACGAGCCUCAUAUGAACACGGAAUGGCAGCACAUGUUCGGCCAGACACAUGAAAUGGCUGCUGGUAAAGGGCCGGACUCAAUAACGCAGUCGGUGGGCACAAGUGCGCUGGGCAAUGUGGGCGGGGCCGCGAGUGUGGCCGCGAGCGUCACCGCGUCCGCGCCCACACACUCGCAGAUGGGGCACAGCGCUAGUUAUGUUCAAUAUAGUAUGGCACCCUGUAGAGUUGAACUGAGGAAUUUAAUAACUCGUACACAGCAGAAGUUUCAGAAGUCUUUAAGGAGUCAAGAUGCUACGAUAGAAAGCAGUGAUGAAUUAAUACCGCCUCCAACAUGGCGGCCUGGGAAUCAAUUGCUUGCCUAUCUACAUGAACAUAAAGCGCGCGUAAACCAAAUGGUGCGACUACCCGCGCACCCGUCGUUCUUUGGCUCUUGUUCAGACGACGGCACUGUGAGAUUAUGGGACGCGGCAAGGUUACAGGGACACGCAUAUGUUAAUAAGUCAAAAGCAAUGUACAACCGGAGUGCGGGUCCGGUGAUGUCGUUGGCGGCGUGUGAGGGAGGUCACUCUUUAGUAGCAGCCACUCAAGAGGGAUCUAUUUUUGUUCUAAGGCUAGACACAGGCUCAUCUCGUAUGACGCUAUCUCAAUGCCGUCAAUUAGAAACGAAUGUGGAAGGUGGAUGCGUUUCAUGCGCAAGCGCAGGUGGCGUCCACGCUGGCGUGAUAUCAUACGCCACGCUCAAUGCUACGAUCGUGGGGUGGGAUUUGAGGGCGCCUGGUAACGCGUGGAAACUACAGGGCGAUCUAAAACAAGGCGUAUACACCUGUCUGUACGCGAAUAGUGCGGGCUUCCUCGCCGUUGGUACCUCUAGUGGCGCUAUAUGCGUGUGGGAUCUGCGCUUCCAACUGCCAAUCACUACUGUUCGACAUCCUAAUUCGGAACGAAUCCGUCGCAUAGUCGGUUCCGGUCGCGGGUCAUCAGUAUGGGCGGUGGGGGGGCGGGACGCGGGUGCGUGGUGCGUGGAAAGUGCGCACCGCACGCACGCGCUGUGGCCGGCGACCGCACCGCACCCGCCGCUGCACUAUGCGGCACCGGCUUCCCACUACAUAUCAGCCGCGUACAGUGGGAGCCGUGACGGUGGUCGGUUCCUGAUAACAGGCGGGUCGGACCUCCGCCUGCGGCUGUGGGACCUGCGCCAGCCGGAGGACUCGCACGUGUUGGUCCAUGCGCCUCACGACCAGCAUCAUGCGCCCAAGUAUAGGAGUAGAAUAAUCGAUGGGACAACAGUAAUUCAAGAGUGCUGCAAAUCGAACCCGUCCACACCUCCCUCUCUCGCUGAAGAUAAUGUUUACAGAAGUGUAGAAUCAAGGUCCUUCUAUCACACCGCACCGAUCACGGACAUAACACUCGUAGAAGCGAACAAAUGCUACUUGGUCAGUUCGUCCGCGGACGGUGUGAUAAACGUCUGGAAAUAGAGCUCAUUGUGAUGUACUUUUAAUUGUCCAAUGUGGAUAUAUGUAUAUAUGUGCAAUAUAUUGUUAUUGGUUA